UGGAACUCCACCCUGUCCAUCAACCGACUCCCGCACGAGAUCCUCUCCGACAUUUUCGCUGCGAUUCCACGCCCGCCGGAAUUUCUGGAAAAAUACGUAGAACCGCGGGGGUGGCGCGAGAGGUUGAUGCUGGUGUGUCGUGAAUGGCGAGAUACGAUAGUGGGCACCCCGACGUUGUGGUCUUUGCUGUGCGUCUCCUCCACCAUGUCUAUCGACUGCCUCUCCCUUCGCCUCGCUCGCUCUGCAAACGCGGAUCUCAGGCUGUACUUUCUCACCGGGUACCACCAUAUAUGGACAGACGAAGGACUGGGGGUCUUGCGGCUCGUCGUUGCGCACUCCAAGAGGGUACGCUCGAUGGUCCUUCCAUGUCUCUCCCCAUCGCUCUGCACUCUCUUGGAAGACAACACCUGGCCGCUUCUUACUCACAUGCACAUAUCCAAUCCUCCACGGCGCGAUUCUGACCUUCACUUGAAACAUCUUCGGUUCCCCGAACUCGACCACCUCUCCCUCGCCGGGUCGCGUCUAUCACUUGACCCGCACCUCUUCCGUGUCAUCAAGUGGCUCAAGCUGUCCUCGGAUCGGACGUGGUCACCCGACGAAUUCUUUGCGAAAUACUCCGGCACCUCAUCUCUCCAGCUGAAAGAGUUGAUUAUC